UUUUACUCACGGUGUCAGUGUAGACCAGCUAUGGAGUCAAGUGUUCAUCUUGUUUUGCACACCACCCAUUAUUGGGAUCGACCGUCCUUGUUCCGUACAGCCUUCAACAAAGACGGCAAAUGCUUGGAAGGCACAUUUGAUCGAAUACUGUGUUUGAAUGCUUGAAAUUUACGUGUCUUUUGUGUACUAGUCUACUGUCUGAGGAUGAUGCAUAGACGGUGGUUUCUUCCAACCUGUGGCUUUGUCUUUUUCUUUGUUGCGCUGCAAAACGCACAUGGAGACCUGAGCUACUCUGUACAGGAGGAGCUCAAGCGCGGAUCUGUUAUUGGAAAUAUCGCCAAGGAUGUCGGGCUGGAGGUGGGAAGACUGUCUGCUCGCAAAGCUCGUGUUGACAUGGAGGGACACGACAGACAAUAUUGCGGCAUUAACCUUCGGAGCGGAGAUUUAAUCGUUGCGGACAGAAUAGACAGAGAGGAGCAUUGUGGAGAAAAACCUUCAUGCGUUCUUAAAUUCGACUUGUUGUUAGAGAAUCCAUUGGAGUUACACCGGUUGUCUCUGCAGGUGCAGGAUAUAAACGAUAAUGCACCAAUUUUUCCGAAGGAGACUGUAAAACUGGACAUUAGAGAGUCAGCUGACAAAGGAGCUAGGUAUCGCAUUAAUGCAGCACACGAUCAAGAUAUAGGCAAAAACUCAGUUGAAAGGUACAUUCUGCAACCAAACCCCCACUUUGUGUUCAGUAUUCAGACGACAAGUGCUGGCAGAACAUAUGGGGAGUUGGUUUUAGAUAAAGAGUUAGACCGAGAGGAACAGCAGGAGAUAAAAUUAUUGCUCACAGCUGUGGAUGGUGGUUCUCCUCAGAGAUCUGGGACUGUAGUCAUACACGUCAUUGUACUUGAUGCUAAUGAUAACGCUCCAGUUUUUAGUGAGGCCGUAUAUACAACCACGUUACCGGAAAACUCACCUAUGAAAACCCCAGUUAUCACGGUUAGUGCCUCUGACGCAGAUGAAGGUGUAAACGGAGAGGUAACGUAUGAGUUUAGCCGACUCUCUGAUAAAUCACUAAAGCUUUUUUCAUUGGAUGAGAAAACUGGAGACAUCAGUGUGACAGGUGACAUAGAUUAUGAAGAAGGAUCGAAAUAUGAAGUAUUUGUUGAGGCAAAAGAUGGUUAUGGUCUGUCUUCAGAAGCAAAGGUGAUUAUUGAUAUAACUGAUGUUAAUGAUAACACUCCAGUUAUAUAUCUGAAAUCCCUGACUAACCCCGUACCUGAGAACGUGUCACCUGGUACAGAGGUGGGCAUCAUUAACGUGCAGGACAGAGACUCUGAGAAUAACAGACAGGUCCGCUGCUCCAUUCAGCAAAACGUCCCUUUUAAGUUGGUCCCUUCUAUUAAAAACUAUUAUUCUCUGGUGACCACAGGACAACUGGACCGUGAACUAGUGUCUGAUUACAACAUUACAAUCACUGCCACUGACGAGGGCUCUCCACCUCUGUCCUCCUCUAAAACUGUUCAGUUAUCUGUAGCAGACAUCAAUGACAACCCACCUGUGUUUGAGGAACAGUCGUACAGCGCAUAUGUGACUGAAAAUAACAAACCCGGCUCCACUUUAUGUUCCGUUACUGCUCGAGACCCCGACUGGAGACAAAACGGAACAGUGAUUUAUUCUCUGUUACCCGGUGAGGUAAACGGUGCCCCGGUGUCCUCCUAUCUGUCUGUUAACGGAGACACAGGGGUGAUCCACGCUGUGAGGUCGUUUGAUUAUGAACAGUUCAGGAGUUUUAAAGUCCACGUGAUAGCCAGAGACAACGGUUCUCCUCCACUCAGCAGCAACGUGACCGUCAGUGUCUUCAUAUCGGAUGUGAAUGACAACUCUCCUCAGAUACUGUACCCCAUUCACAAGAGUCGCCCGAGGUAG